GUACAGUUGUCAAGAUACCACGUAAGAACCUGAGUUUGUCGGUGAUGGUGACAUUAUUGUGGAAAUGUUCCUUGCCAUCAGCAAUUUCCUCUCCAUCCAUGGUAUAAAGCAGUAAUAUAUGGGUCCUGCUUUACAUUUUACUCUGUUGUUCUUGGCUCUUUUGAAAGCUAGAUUUUAUUUAAAAUUCAGUUGACUUUUAACUUUAUGAAAAUGACUAAAGUCAAAGUAACACAUGGUGAUUAUCUCUUAGUGGGAUAUGUUAUGCCUCAGUUCUUGAUCCAGAAGUUUUAUGCGAGGAUUACUUUGAAAACUAAAUGCCCAAGCCCAUCUUUAAAGGUGAUCCCAACAUUGCCCUCUGUGAACCACAUACUAGUACUUUGUCGGCGAUAUUUAUGUGGACAUGGAGGAUAGAUUGGGUUAUAGCACAGAGGUGAGCCUUCUUGUGGACUGUCAGCAGUCCAUCUGGAAUCUGGCACAGGCCACAUUGUGCUUUGAUAUAGGGUUAAAGGAAGAAACAGGAAGCUCUUUUUACCUCUAAGUAAAAGUACAAGCUCAAACAACUCAUUCUGAGUAAGAGCUCUCUGUUUUGCAUUUAUUUAUUCAUGAACAUGUGUAUGUACAUGCCUACAUACACCUGCCCACAGGGGUCUGUUAUUUCCUUCCACUGCAUGGUUUCUAGGGAUUGAACUCAUGUCAAGCUUGGCAGCAAGCAUCCUUACCCACCAUCUCAUGGGCCCUGAAUAAACAUUCUUUGAGAGGGCUGAGACAGCCAACAUGAGAAGUCAUCAUAUAGUUGGCUUGCCUCCAAGAAUAACUGUCCUUGAGGAUGUGUUUCACAACCCACACAGAGACAAAAGGCUCCUGGGUUUCUGCUGAGUCACAGCCCUAGUCUCUGUUCCUCAUUCGCUCCGUUUGUUCAUCCCUGCCCCCUCACCAUGUUCCCAUCUUUAGACUGCUGCCCUGGAACAAGAAAUAAGACUGGAGGACCAUGACUUCAUAUAAUUUACUAUGGCAGAAUGUUUUCUGUCCAGAUUUCAAUUCUUUUAAGAGAUGUGAACCCUGGGUUUACUCACUGUGCAUCAGGAGUGUCGAUCAUAUUUUGAUGACACUGAGUACCUUAAAGUGCAGUUCCUACUGACCAAACUAAAGUACUGCAGACCAAUUAAUAUAAACAGGCAAGGCUGGGGAGAGAGUUCACAGGCCAAGUGCUUGCCAUGUAAGUUUGAGAAUUUGAAUUUGAAAUUCCCAGAGCCCAUGUAAAGCUAGUGCGAUAGUGUGAGUCUGCCCUUCAGGCAAGGUGGAAGGCAGAGACAGGAAAAUCCCAGAAGUUCACAGACUGGCUAGCUGCAUACACAGCACUGAACAACAGAGACCCUGUCUCAAACACAGCAGGAGAGCAUCUCCGCAAACAUGUCAAGGCAUGUGCAUAGUCAUCACAUAGGUACACAGACUGUGUGUGUGCAUUUACAGACGUUAUCUCUAUACCUCAGAUAGAUACAUAGAAAGUAAGCACAGUGUUCUCAAAUAAAGAAGUACAACUGAGCAAUGCUUGACCUCUCUAACAAUCGGAAAUUCAAAUCAAAGCCAUAUUGAAAUUCCAAUCUUACCCCACAGCAGCACUGUCAUCCAGAACACAAAAACAACAACUUCUGGUGAAAAUAUAAGUACAGGGUAGACUCUUAACAUGCCGCUGGUGGGUGGGAAUAUGGACUCGUGCAGCCACUAAGAGAGGCACUGUGGAGAAUCCUCUCAAAAGUAGAUGGAUACAAGAUAUGAAAAAUGAUUGCAAGCUUUUCUAGUUCUAAUUCUGUCUUGGAUUUUUUGUUUUGAUGGCAAGAAAUAAUCCUGUAAGAGAAACUGCAAUGGAAAUUGGAAAAGGAUGUGAUAUUUCCAACCACUCAAAAUCAGGAUCAUCGCCAGUCUUGUCACCCAGGAAGCCCUCUCACCCAGUCAUGGAUUUCUUCAGUUCACAUCUUUUAGAUGACUCUUCCUCACCAGCCUCUACUUCUACUCAUACAGAUGCCCAUAAAAUAAUUGUGGGUGAUCGUCUUGUUACUGAUGAAAAUCUUCAGAAGGUGGAGAAUGUACUUGACCUCUGGAGUUCAGGUCUGAAGACAAACAUUAUAUCUGAACUAAGUAAGUGGAGACUUAAUUUUAUCGACUGGCACCGUAUGGAGAUGAAGAAAGAGAAGGAAAAGCAUGCGGCGCUUGUGAAGCAGCUGUCGAACCAGAUAGCUGACUUGAAGGAGCUACAGAAAGCCUUUGAAGUUUCCCUUGGAAGAAAGGAUGAGGUGAUUUCCAGCUUGUCUCAGGCCAUCGGCAAGCAAAAGGAAAGGGCAGAGUUGAUGAAAACCUUCUUCCACUGGCGAAUCAGCCAUGUCAAGUCAAGACAGGAUGUCUAUGAAGGUAAACUGGCUGACCAGUACUUCCAGAGAACUUUGCUGAAGAAAGUCUGGAAGGGUUGGCGUUCCGUGGUUCAGAGGCAAUGGAAAGAGGUGGUAGAACGGGCAUGCCAAGCGAGGGCUGAAGAAGUCUGUGUGCAGAUCUCCAAUGAUUAUGAAGCCAAACUUGCUAUGUUAUCUGGAGCUUUGGAGAAUGCAAAAGCUGAGAUUCAAAGAAUGCAGCAAGAAAAAGAGCACUUUGAAGACUCCAUGAAGAAAGCGUUCAUGAGGGGGGUGUGCGCAUUGAACCUUGAAGCCAUGACCAUAUUUCAGAACAAAAACGAUGCAGGGGUAGACUUCACGAACAAUAAAAGGGAGGAGAGUGGUCCCGCUGGUCCAGGAAGAGAGCUCUCUGCUCAUUUGGAUUCAUCUUCAUCUACAAUACCUUCAUCAGUUCCGCCACAGCUGCUGCCAUCCGCCACAGCAGCAGCAGGAGUGGCCAACGCCACUGCCAUUCCCUCUGCCGCUUCCAUGACCUCUGCUGGAGCCACAUCUGCCUCUUCUGUUCAUGUUCCUGUCUCUGUUCUUGGUGCAGGAUCCGCAGCUGCAACUGCUCCAGAAGGAAUGUACAUACCAAGAGUUGUGACCUCAGCCCAGCAGAAAGCCGGGAAGACGAUUACAGCGCGGAUCACGGGUCGGUGUGAUUUUGCUUCCAAAACUAGAGUCAGCAGCAGUUUGGCUAUCAUGGGAGUUUCUCCUCCCAUGAGCUCAGUCGUCGUGGAGAAGCAUCAUCCAGUCACAGUGCAAACCAUUCCUCAGGCAGCUGCUGCCAAGUACCCACGGACCGUCCAUCCUGAAGGUGGCGGCAUCCCAACCUCUAGGUCUCUCGGAGCCAGGCCAGCCCACACCCAGUCUCUCUCCAGCGUUCAGUCCAUAAAAGUGGUUGACUAGACUCGGGUCUCUUCAUUUCUCUGAGGACUGGGAGCAGAAGUCAUUUAUGUUGACUUUUCUGUACUGUUUAGAACAUCAUGGACAUAUCAUGUUCAUCUUUUCAGAAUUAUAAGAAACUUUCCCAUCCUUUGUAACUGUAUAUAGAGAUUAUUUUAAUGUUAUUUUUAUUUAAGCAAUUAAGUAGAACUUUUUAAUAAAAAAAAAAAAACUUGA